CAGACGGUCAUUCAGCCACGGGAGGAGAACAGGCUAAAGAUGGUUCACCAACAGCUCUGUUCAGAGGCUGGCAGUUUGCAAAGCCUUCUCUGCCUCCCGAGCUGAAAAAGCUAAAUGGCAACACAGAGGCUGAACAGGUCAACAAGCAUUUGCUGUUGAGAAGGAAGAGAUCCAUCCUGUUUCCCAGUGGAGUUAAGAUCUGCCCUGAUGAGUCUGUUGAGCAGGCUGUUGCCAACCACCUGAAGUAUUUCAGGCUCAGAGUGUGUCAGGAAACAGUCUGGGAGGUCUUCAAGACGUUCUGGGAUAGACUGCCAGAGAGAGAAGAAUAUCACACCUGGAUGAGCCUGUGUGAGGAAGGAAGGAUGAGUAUCUUUGAAAUGGGCAUGAACUUCAGCCAGUCGGAGGAGCACCGCAAUCUGAUUGUGAAGAAACUGUCCUAUGCAAAGGAAGCAAUGGGCAGCUCCUGCACUGACUGGUCAUGUGGUACUGGGACUCCAACUCCAGCUUUGGAUGCUGAUGUCACCACAUUGAGAGAUGCAGCUGCCAAUGUUCCUCCCCCUCAUGAGAUCUCCAUUGAGGGUCCUGCAGGUGGUACUGUCCAUGAGGUUGAAGAUGCAGACACUACUAUCAAUAAUGAGAUAAAGAAGCAGGAUGAGAAGCUAGUGAAACCUGCAGCGGAGCAGAUGAUUGAGUUCAGCAUUUUGGUGGCUAAUGAGAAGUACAGUGAGGAGUUGAGGGACCCGGCUUCUGCGGAACACCAGCGGCUCUCUGAACAAUUCAUCUCUCAGAUGAAAAGUGUAUUUGAAGGACUACCUGGGUACAAAAGCAUCCACAUCCUGGAUUACAGGUCUCCUGAGGAGGACAGUGGGGUGGAGGUUCACUAUGCUGUGACCUUUGAUGGAAAAGCCAUCAGCAAUGCUUCCUGGGACCUGAUUAACCUUCAUUCCAACAAGGUGGAGGACAACUCCUUCAUGAGCAUAGAGGAUAAUCCAACAGCUGUGUACACCAUCAGUGAUUUCCAAGAUUAUAUUGCUGAAAUCCUCCAGAAAAAUGCCUUGUUUGAAAACACUUCUUUGUCUUUAGACCCUAACUCUCUCCAGCUUAUUAAUGUGAAAGAGAUACAACACCCUACACCAGAAGACCCAACCUGGAUUACAGAGCAUCCAGUUGUGCUGGAGCGCCCGGAGUUUGAUGACAGCACCUUUUCAGCUGAAAGGCCUUCAGCAGAUGAAUCAACUGUCAGCAACACCUUGCCCUUUGAUUUCACCAAACCAGAUUCCACUUCAGAUAGUGAACAGUCCAAUGACAAUGAGAUCUGGCCAAGACCUGAAAAUCUGGACUCUGAGGCCAGUCUGGCACCUGAAGCUCCACUCUCCUCACAGGCUGAUGCCACUUCUUUGCCUGACUUAGAGGAUGGGAACUGGACUCCUCACUUGGUCACUGCACCAGUGUUUGAGAGUGAUUCUGUGGACUCUUUGGAAUGGCUUUCAUCCCCCAAUUCUUUAGAUGUGUUUGAAGAUACUGGACUAUCUGAAGACCUUUUGCCUUUAAGUCCUCCUCACCUUGUGCCUGAAGAACCUCCAUCUACAGAUGAUUAUGGAGUUCCACUGCUUUCUGCACCAACAGUGGCCUCUUCAUCAGUCACAGAGACUGAUAUUAAAGAAACAGUAUCUGCUGAGAAGGAAGAAGUAACUCAAGGUAGUCCUGCAGGCAGUAGAAAUGCAGAUUCUUUGUUGCAUGAGUCUGUGGAAGAAAUUCCUUUUCCCUUAGAAGUACACCCUGUGGAAGAUCAAACUGAUAUAUAUCUUGGAGAUAGAGUUGUGUAUGAUGAUGGGUCUGGUUCAGCUUUUGAUGGUUCAGGAAAAGAAAUAGAAUCAAGUGUUUGGCCUUGGGAAGAAGCAACACUGGAACCAGUUUUCUAUCCUGGUCCUGAUAGCUGGCUUGAAGAUGACAAUGAGUCUUUGUUAAUCAAAACUGAUGAUAUUCCUGAAGAUAUGAUUUUAGACUAUAUUCUUAAUUCAGGGAAUAAAUUAGAUGAUGAAUCUUCCAAAGAUGAGGAUGAAGGUAUGGCCAAUAUAAAAGAUGAUUUCCUCGAUGAGUCUGAAAUACUUGUCUUUCCAGAGACUACAACUCAGCAGAUACCUCUGUUACAUACAGAAAAGUCUUCUGUGGAACCAUCGACACAGGAAGAAACAUUGGGCAUGCAUGAUUCUUCUUUUGUUAAACCAUCUUUGGCUUUGGAGCCUCCCGUGGACCAUUCCUUUGCAGAUAUGCCAACUGGAGAGGCCCCUGUCUCACCACACGAUACAGGUCUGUCUGUGGAAGAUAGUCUCCUCACAACUACAGGGGUUGUCAGUGUGGAGCAACCUGAAGAGUCCAGUGUAGAUCAGAACAUCAUUUCUGAAGCAGUUGAACACCAAACUGAAGACAAGACAAUGGUCAACCAACCAUUCACAGUGGAGCAGUCAGAUGUAACUGAAGCUGCUACAAUAAGCCACUUGGACAUAAGCUCCUCAGAAACUAUUCUGACUGCAGGUACUUCCAUGGUAAACCCUGAUGCUUCCACAGAAGAGCAGCAAACCCUAGAUUCAUCAUUGGCAAUUCAAGACACUACUGAGUCAGCAGUGAAGAAACCAGCUGAUGUUUGGCCUACUGACACAGCACUGGAAAACUCAUUAGAUUGGACAAUGCAAUUGGCAACGCCAACUGCCACUCAAAUCUCAACUGCAGUUCCUUCUGUGGUAGAUCAGAGCACUGUUCUAGAGAGCUUUGGUGGACAGGGUGGAACAGAGCACGACAUGGAUGUUUCUGUGAGCUUCAGCACUGUUAUGGACUCGUAUGUGACAGUGAGUGUAACAACAAGCCCUGUUGAACUUCCAUCCACUCUCCUUCCUGUGGGAUCCACAGCGUCAUCAUCCGUGGCUGCCUCCACAAAGUUGGGAGAUGACACAAUAAGAGUCCUGGAUGUUUCAGUGGAUCUGGAUCCUGUCAGCACUGUCCACUUUUUUCCUGAGCUCACCGAGGAGGGCAGGAGCGUGACCAAAAGUCACGUGGAGCUAACAACUCAUGUCCAGUCCACAGAGAUGGCCAGUGUGGCUUGGGCCACCCAUGAGAACCGCAGUGGUACUCCUAUCCCAUCACGGUCUCUGGUGGUGUUCUUCAGUCUUCGGGUUACCAACAUGAUGUUUUCAGAGGACUUGUUUAACAAAAACUCUCCAGAGUACAAAGCGUUGGAGCAGCGAUUCUUGGAGCUGCUGGUGCCCUACCUUCAGUCAAAUCUGUCAGGCUUCCAGAAUCUGGAAAUCCUGAACUUCAGAAAUGGCAGCAUUGUAGUGAACAGCCGAAUGAAAUUUGCCAAACCCGUGCCUCGGAACGUCACCAACGCUGUGUACAUGAUCCUGGAAGACUUCUGCAACACUGCCUACCACACCAUGAACCUGGCCAUCGACAAGUACUCCUUGGAUGUGGAAUCAGGUGAACAAGCAGAUCCCUGCAAGUUCCAGGCCUGCAAUGAGUUCUCUGAAUGCUUGGUGAACCGUUGGAGUGGGGAAGCUGAGUGUGUCUGCAAUCCUGGCUACCUCAGCAUCGAUGGGCUGCCCUGCAACAGCAUCUGUGAUCUGCAGCCAAACUUCUGCCUCAACGACGGGAAGUGUGACAUAAGCCCUGGGCAAGGGGCCAUCUGUAGGUGUCGUGUGGGAGAGAACUGGUGGUACAGAGGGGAGCACUGUGAAGAAUAUGUGUCCGAGCCACUGGUCGUGGGUAUUGCAAUUGCUUCUGUGGCAGGAUUCCUUCUUGUGGCAUCUGCUGUUAUCUUCUUCCUGGCCAGGACCCUCCGAGACCAGUACACUAAGAGUGACACUGAGGAGUCCCAGGGGCAGGGUGACAGCCUCUCAUCCAUUGAGAAUGCAGUUAAAUACAACCCCAUGUAUGAAAGUGACACGACAGGCUACAGCCACUAUUACCGGAGAUACCCUCAGCUAACGUCCUACAGUUCCACCAGUGCAGAGACAUCCACAGACUACAGCAGUGAAGAGAUCAGGCACAUUUAUGAAAACAGUGAGCUUACUAAGGAGGAAAUUCAGGACAGGAUUCGAAUUAUAGAGCUCUACGCUAAAGACCGUCAGUUUGCAGAGUUUGUGAGGCAGCAUCAAAUGAAGCUGCUUUAAGGAAAAAAGAAACCAGUAGAACACAUGUGGGAGAUCAAGACUACCUUGUUGCCACAGCAAUGGGCUCCGACGUAACUGCCAAGUUACUUAUAGUCUUAACAUUGCAUGGAUGGAUACAGAUGUUUUCUAAAUGAAUGGCUAAAAUGUACAGAUGUCUGUUUGUCUCUGUUGCUUCAGGCUUUUUUUUUUGUGUAAAGUGAAGUUUUUUUAAGAGGUGAUCAGAAGUGGCAGAGGUUAUGAAAGUUCAUAUUUCUUUAACUCUGAAACAGACAGUGAAAGCUUGAAUACCAAGGCAAAAAAA